AUGCAAGGUGGGUUCGUCCAUGCCGGCGCCCGGCGAUGCUCCAACGGGGUCUCCCGCCCCCAAAGGCAGCCAGGCCGGACCCGAGGAGUUAGAAAAGGGUGCCCUUCACCUCCUCGGGCGCGUCGGUCCCGGAGUCUCUCACCGUCGGCGGUGGAAAAAUCAGGGUCUCCUCGGAAGUCGGCCAACAGGGAGGGCGGUCUCCCACCUCGCCGGGCGGAGAGGCGGCGGGUCUCGGACGCCCGCGCCUCCCGACGCGGCCCCAGCUCCGCGGAGAGCUCGACGCUGCCCACCGGCCGGCCGGCGCGAAGGGCAUCCGCGUCCCGAGCCCCAGCGCCCUCCCGGCCGCCGCCGCGGAGCGCGGGCCGCCCCGCCGGCUCCUCCUCCUCCUCCACCUCUUCCUCCUCCUCCCGGCGGCCGGGGGAGUUAACCCGGGCGCCUGCCCCCCGAGCGAGGCCGCCGCUGCCCGCGCCGCGCCCGGACGCGCAGACCGAGCCCCCGCGGCUCCGCGGCGGGAGGAGAAGCCGAGCCGCGGCCCCUCGCUCCGAGAGCGCGGGGCCGGCGCCUGCUCAUUCCUCGCUCGGCUCCGAGGCGGCGGCGACCCCGAGCGCGCGGGAGCAGCGGCGCCUCGGGCGGGGGAGGUCGGCCCGGCCGCCGCGAGGGCCUCCUCCGCGCCGCCUCGGGUCCUCGCAGCGGCUCGCUCGGAGGCGGCGGCGGGAGGGGCGGUGCGUCCACGCGGGGCGGCGCGGCGAGCGGGCCCGGGUCCCCGCCGCCUCGGGCCGGAGAGCGCCGCACCGCCGGGGCCCGCACCCGUUGGGCACACGCGGGAGAGGGGCCGGGCGGGGGGCGGCGGGCACGCACUGGCCUCACUGCCCCGACUCGCGAGUGGGCGUCCCCGGGCGGCGAGUGCGAGGUGCGCGCGCACGCUCCCGGCCCGCCCCGCCCGCCCGCCGGCCGCGCUCCGGCCUCGCGCCGCUGCGGCGCCCGCGCCCGCGCCCCCGGAAGCUCCCUGCCGCCGCCGUGUGGACCCGCGAGGGAAGCCGGCCGCCCGCCCGCCGGCGCUUCUCCGGCUUCCUUUCCGAGGAAUCUAGGACCGCAGCCUUCCCCUGGCCCAGUGUCUGGAAGACACCUCUGGUCAUCUUCACAGCCCUCACCACCGCCCCUCCCAUGGGAGAAAUACGAAGUGUUAAUGAGGAGGUGCCAGAAGCCCCGAAGACAACAGUGCUGUUUAAAAUCAGGCUGCAGAGCUGUCCGAGUGGAUUCUGUUAUCCAUAGUAUUGAGUAAAAAUAUAUACACUAUAUAUA